AUGUCGCAGUUUGGCGCGGAUGCUGGCAGGCAGAGAGAAAGAAACGAGCUCAACGAAAAGAAAGAAAGACUUCUUCUCAAAGGAGCUAUGGAUAUGCAGGUGGGGUUACUUCUCCGUAUAUUGACUGCUUUCACCGCCGCCGGCAAAAAAAGGAAAGCUUUCCCCCACUUGAUGAUUGCAUCUCCGUACACAAGAGGAUAUUGCUGA